AUGGAUAGAAUUCUUGUUUGGAAUGUUCAAGGGAUUAAUGGCCAGCACAAACAUAAGGAAAUCAGGCAGCUGAUUUAUUCAAAAAAGGUUGGUUUGGUUAGUCUUCUUGAAACCAAAGUUAAGAAUAAAAGUAUGGGUGACAUGUAUAUGAAUUUGUUUCCUGGUUGGUGCUUUACUAAUAAUAAUUCUUGGUUAGAUAAAGGGAGGAUAAUAGUUGCUUGGAACCCUUCUAUAUAUUCUAUUGAUAUUAGGAGGUGUACUAGUCAAAUGAUUCACUGUAUUGCUCAAACAAGCCAGAAUUCUGAGAAGUUUCAUAUAACUUUUGUUUAUGGGUUUAAUGAAGUAGGAGGAAGAGAAGUUUUGUGGCAAGAUUUAAAAGAUCUCAAGUCCAAUAUUGAUGAGUCGUGGAUGAUUGUAGGAGAUUUUAAUGAGAUUUUGAACUAUGAUGAAAGAGCUGGCAGCAAGAAUCAUAAGAAGUCUUCUGAUAGUUUUAAGGAGUGUGUGAUGUAUUGUCAAAUGGAGGACCUUAAGUUUUCAGGGUGCUUCUUCACUUGGAAUAACAAGCAGAAGCCAGAAGAAAGAAUUUUCUCUAAUAUUGAUCGUGCUUUGGUGAAUCUGAAAUGGACAGACUCUUUUGUGAAUUCAGAUGUUGUUUUCCUUCCGGAAGGGGAAUUUGAUCACUGUCCUAUUUUGAUCCCGUUCUAUCAAGAUGUUAGUACAGGGAAGAAGCCUUUUAGAUACUUUAGCAUGUGGAAAACAGCCCAGAAUUAUAAGACAGAGGUUCGGCAAAGCUGGCAGAUUCUUAUCACUGGUACUCCUAUGUAUCAAUUGGUGGGUAAAAUGAAGAGGCUUAAGAGUGUGUUUAGAACUAUUAACAUGGAGGGAUUUAAUGAGAUUCACAAGGCUGUUUUGCAAGCUAAACAAGUGAUGCCAGAUACUCAGGCAGCUCUGCAUAUGGAUCCUAGGAAUACUGAUCUAAUGGAACAAGAGCAAUCGGCCAGAGACAGAUACUCUUAUUACCAACAAGCUCACAAUUAUUUUCUAGCUCAAAAAGCUAAAAUUGAUUGGGUUCAAAAUGGUGAUGAGAAUACAGCUAUUUUCCACGCUUCUUUGAAAGCCCAGAGAGCCAGUAAUUGA